CACAGCAGCUGUGUGUCUGUGUGUGUGUCUGUGAGUGUGUAUCUUUUACAAACACAGUUGUUGGACGGACGUUGGUGCAGCUUUACAGAGAAGAAGAAGAAGAAGAAGAAGAAGAAGAAGAAGAAGAAGUGUCCGUCAUGUCGUCCUUCGUCCCGGAACUUGGUCUGUCUCCCCCUGUUUGGAUCAUCCUUUCCCCAGCAGGAGCCCCCUUCUCUGGGCAUCGACCCCCUUGACUUCAGCCUGUACAGCCCCCCCCCUCCUCCAGAGUCACCAUGGCUCCCAGCAUGUAACAGCCAUAGCCACAGCUUCAGCAGCCCCCACACGGGGCCCCUCCCGGGGGCCACAGCCCCUCUAGGACUCUCCCCAGCUUUUGCAAGCUUCCUCCCCCACCUCUACAGCCUCUAUCGGCCCAUGUCCUCCAUCAACCCCUGGCUCUCCCUCUCCUCCCCGGACGACGUCCUGCGCCUGGUCCGCCCACCCUAUUCCUACUCUGCCCUCAUUGCCUUGGCGAUCCAGAGCGCCCCGGAGCAGCGGCUGACCCUCAGCCAGAUCUACCAGUUCGUCUCCGACAACUUCCCCUUCUACAGCCGCAACAAGGCCGGCUGGCAGAACUCCAUCCGCCACAACCUGUCGCUCAACGACUGCUUCCGGAAGAUUCCACGAGACGAGAACGAGCCAGGUAAAGGAAACUAUUGGACUCUGGACCCAAACUGUGAGAAAAUGUUUGACAACGGAAACUUCCGCCGGAAGAGGAAGAGGAAGAUGGAAAAUGAGACGUCUGAGAAGAAGGAACCCUCCUCUUCCUCCUCUUCCUCCUCUUCCUCCUCCUCUCUUCCUCCUCCUCCUCCUCCUCUUCCUCGGAGCUGAGCCCUGACCUCCCUUCUCUCUCUGAUGUCGCCUCCGGCCUCGACAACUUCCUGUGUCACCUCCAGGACUCACCCCUCUACCCCCUCCUCACACGCAGGUCCCAGACCACGGCUCCCCCCCCCCUCCCCUUCCUCAGGGUUACGCUGCCGUGGUUCCUCAGUGGGACGACGCCCCCUCUCCUUCCCUCUUCUCCCCCUCCAUCACUCUCCCCCUCCUCCUCCUCUCUUCCAGUUCAUCCCCUCACAC